UCAGCGCCGCGUGCUCGUUUUGUUUUUGGUUUUCGUUAUUUAGAACAAGAAUUAAAACGCUAUAUUCAAUCUAAGAGAGCCAGCAUGGGAGGCCAAGGAAAGGCAAUUAACCGGAAACGCAAAUUCGUGGGCCGCAAGGCGGACGACCCGGAAUUCGAUCUGGACAAGAAGCAGUUCAAGGUGCUGCACUUGAACGCCAGCGAGAAGCGUCUGAUCAUCGUCUUGGAGGGCGCUCAGCUGGAGACUGUGAAGGUGCACAACCAAUUUGAGUUGCUGAACUGCGACGACCAUGCGGGCAUCAUGCGCAAGAACCAGCGUGAUCCAGGCACCUGCCGUCCAGACAUCACACAUCAGUGUCUCCUAAUGCUGUUCGACUCUCCGCUGAACCGCGCCGGCCUGCUGCAGGUGUUCAUCCGCACGGAGCACAACGUACUGAUCGAGAUCAAUCCACAGACGCGCAUACCGCGUACCUUUAAGCGUUUUGCUGGUCUGAUGGUCCAGCUGCUGCACAAGUUCCAGAUCCGUGCCAAUGAUUCAUCCCGCCGACUGAUGAGUGUGAUCAAGAAUCCCAUUACGGAUCACCUGCCUGUUGGCUGCAAGAAGUACGCCAUGAGCUUCUCCGGCAAGCUUGUAUCCAACUGCCGGGAACUGGUCCCGCACGGCGAGGAGGGCAGCGCCAGUUACGAUGUGCCCGUAGUCAUGGUCAUCGGUGCCUUUGCCCACGGCGUCCUCAAGACAGACUACACGGAGGAGCUGUUCUCGAUCAGCAAUUACCCGCUGUCGGCGGCCAUAGCAUGCUCCAAACUCUGCUCCGCCUUCGAGGAGGUGUGGGGCGUAGUGUAGUGACUAUUAUAUAUUAUAAUGGUUUUUUUAAAUACUAUAUUCCUAGUUUAGUAUUGUAGUUAGCUAACGAAUUACAUUUUGUGCAGAUUUGCAAUU